AUGAAUCUUGCAGUGCUUCUUGUUCUGACCCUUUUCACUUGUGCUUAUGCAGAGAAACCUCACAUUGUAUUUAUAGUCGCUGAUGACCUGGGCUGGAAUGAUGUCGGAUUUCGGAACCCUCAAAUGAUCACUCCCAACCUGGACAGGCUGGCGAAAGCUGGAGUCAUCCUCAACUCUUCAUACGUUCAGCCUUUGUGCUCUCCCUCCAGAAACUGCUUCAUGUCGGGAUAUUUCCCCUAUCACACUGGACUACAGGACAGCGUUGUUGGGAUAACCGCAGCAAAACACCUGCCGGCCAAUCUAAUAACAAUACCACAGAAACUGAAACAGCUUGGCUAUGAUACUCACAUGGUUGGAAAGUGGCAUCUUGGAUUCUGUAACUGGAAAUAUACACCCACAGAGAGAGGCUUUGACUCCUAUGUUGGAUACUACUCUGGAAUGGAGGAGUAUUUUAAUCACACGUCACAUGAUCCAAAAGGUGACGUGGGGUUGGAUUUUCGCUUCAACAAGACUGUCUAUAGAGACGCUAAUGGGAUCUAUUCUGCGAAUGUGUAUGCUAACAGGGCUGUUGAAAUAAUUGAGAACCACGAUAACAGUAAGCCACUUUAUCUAUACCUUCCAUUCCAGUCUGUACAUACACCUCUUGAAGUUCCACCUAAAUAUGAAAACAUGUACAAGAACAUAGAAACCAAAGGCAGAAGGGUCUAUUGUGGAAUGGUGAGUGCCUUAGACGAAGCUGUUGGGAAUAUCACAAAGGCUUUAGAAGACAAAGGUCUCAUGGACAAUCUUUUGUUAGUCUUCACAACCGAUAAUGGUGGUCCUUCAUUUGUUGCUGCCAAUAACUUGCCUUUACGAGGAGCCAAAGAUACUCUGUGGGAAGGGGGGACGAAAGGUACAGGAUUCAUCUACAGUAAAACACUUCUCAAGAAGACGGGCUACCUCAACACAGGAAUGAUGCAUGCUGUGGACUGGUACCCGACAUUUGUGGAGCUGGCUGAUGGAGAGAACACAGACCCCAACAUGGACGGGAUCAGUCAGUACGACAUGCUCUUCAAUGGUGGACCCUCCAAACGGAAUGAGUUCGUCUACAACAUCUAUGACGAGCGUGAGGCAGCUGCCAUAAGGUACGGAGAUCUCAAACUCAUGCAAGGAAGUCCGGGAAUUCACAAUGGUUGGGCUCCUUUGCCACAUCUGGGAAUUGACGAAAGUGUCUAUGAAGCUGAUAACCAAACAUUCCCUCCCUUCAUGCUGUACAACAUUACGGCAGAUCCAACUGAACAUUUCGACCUCUCAGCAACGUACCCUGAGCUAUUGGACAUGAUGAAGAAGAGGCUGGAGAACUGGAAGAAAACCCGUGUCCCGGCACAGGAUCCUACUCCAGUACCUAGAGCGAAACCUAAAUACUACGGCGGUGUAUGGAGUCCAGGCUGGUGUUAAUGUCUCUUUCAAGCAGACACUUCAUCUUAAACAAAUAAGUUUAUACUACAUUCAAAAUACGAACUGUCACACUAACUUGUCUUAACUGCAUGAACUAUUAACUAUUGAAUAUACCGUUGUUAAUUUACAUGACCAAAGAAACAUCACAUCUUGUCAAGACAUCCACAUUAAAUAAAUGGCAAUUAAAUGGGCCAGGAUGAGAUUACGUUAUGAACAUUCUCCUGAUAGUAUUCAGGUCUACUAUGUUUAGGAUGAAGCAAUGUAGGUGUUUAUUAUCUUGUCACUUACCCUAAUGUGCUACUAUCUUCACCAGCAGCACAGACAGAGACGCACUGGACUACUUUUCGACUUUUAAAUUUUCGAUUAAAAGGCCGGUUAAUAAUAUUUUUUUAUAUUCAUCACAUACUAUGCAAAUUAAUAAGUAAAUAAAUGUAACAAAAAACA